UGAGCGCGUUGCAGCAGGGGAGAGACGUCUGCGGGGACAGGGACCGAAGGAGAGACGGAGGGAAACUUGCAACAUGGAUCCCACAAAGGAAUAUGUAGGAUUUGGCAAUCUGCCCAACCAGCUCCAUCGCAAAUCGGUGAAGAAGGGCUUCGAUUUUACCCUCAUGGUCGCAGGGGAAUCCGGACUGGGGAAAUCAACACUCAUCGACAGCCUUUUCGUGACUGACCUUUACAAAGAACGAUGUAUUCCAGAUGCCGUGGAGAGGAUUGUAAAAACUAUGACGAUUACCAAACACGCGGUGGACAUCGAAGAACGCGGAGUCAGGGUGAAACUCACCAUCGUGGACACACCAGGAUUCGGUGACGCAGUCGAUAAUUCCGACUGCUGGCAACCUAUCGUGGCUUACAUCGAUGAACAAUUCGAACGUUAUUUCCAGGAUGAGUGUGGCCUCAAUCGCAAGAACAUCCAGGAUCAUAGGGUCCAUUGCCUCCUUUACUUCCUCUCCCCUCUAGGCCAUGGCGUCAGGCCUCUGGACCUAGAAUUCCUGAGGGCCGUACACGAGAAGGUGAACGUCAUCCCCGUCAUCGCCAAGGCCGACAUGCUCACCCCCCCAGAGGUUGAGAGAGCCAAGCAGAAGAUUCGGGAAGAAAUCAAAGAACAGGGGAUUCAAGUCUACCAGUUCCCCGAGUGCGACUCGGACGAGGAGGAAGAAUUUAAACAGCAGUACCAGGAGUUGACGGACUGCACCCCGUUUGCAGUGGUGGGAAGCAGCACACUGAUCGAGAGUCAGGGGAGACGUGUCCGUGGGAGACUCUACCCGUGGGGAGUCGUUGAAGUGGAGAACCCUAGGCACUGUGACUUCAGCAAACUGCGGACAGUUCUCAUCCAGAGCCACCUCCCUGACCUGAAGGAGGUGACGCAGGAUGUGCACUACGAGAAUUUCCGGGCCCGCUGCCUCAGGACCCUGGGCCGCGGGGGCGGUCGUGAGCGCGGACGCAACAAGAUCUCCCGCCAAAGCAUGUCCGAUGUGUCCAUCGCAAUGUUGCCCGUGUCUGAGACUGAGAUACUGCUUCAGGAGAAGGAGGAAGAGUUACGACGGAUGCAAGAAAUGCUGCAGAAAAUGCAGCUCCAGAUGCAGCAGAAACAAGGAGACCAGUCGGACACCCUGUGAACAAUCGUGGGUCCUGGGACAGAUCCCCCAGCGCACGGCUGUACUGGCUGUAUCCACGAUGACGUUUAUCCAGAUCCCUCACGAACCUAUUUUACACCAUAUCCCUGAUUAUUCCCAUUGACGUAAUCCAACUCCGAGUGACCCCCUGCCUAACACCAUGUCACUGACUUUAUCCCCAUUGACUUUAAUCCUGUCAAUGACUGUGACCCUGCUAUUAAUACAGCAACCUAACACCAUCCGUGACCCGUCGCCCCUAGCAGUUAUUGAUUGUAUCCCUGAUGUUAAUCCAGCUACCUUAUAUCAUCCCUCAGAGACCCCUCAAACCCAGCACCGUGUUACUGACUGUAUUCUUCUUCUUCCUGCGUAUGGCGUGCACAGCUUAAAGUUGUAGGACAACUUGUUCUAUUUAACUUACUUGAUUGUGCACGCCAGGCUGAUUGCAUUCGUCGAAACAGGGCGGACCUCAUGACGAUUGCAAUAUCCCACCCCACUGACUGUUUUUCAGCUGAUGUUAAUUUACCUCUAUCUCUGACCCUGCCCCCCUAGCAUCCAGCAACUAAUUCUAUCCUCCGACAUUAAUCCAGCUCUCACAUCGUCUUUCAGCGACCCCUAUCCCCCAGCGUCCUUUCAUUGAAUAUAUCCCCGCUGAUGUUAUUCCAGUCCUUCACUGUUUCAGCGACCCUCUCCCCGAGUGCUGUCAGUGACUGUAUCCCUGCUAAUGUUAAUCCUCUCCCCCAGCAUCCUGUGUCACUGACUGUAUACCUACGAUAUCUGUUUUUUCAUAUCAGUUAGUUUUGUGAAUUACU